AUUACAGUAAAACUAUUACAUUAAGAAAUAAUUAGCUAUCCAAGUGCAAGUAUUUUUAUUCUGUAAAAAAAACUUCGAGACAAAAUAGUCAACAACAACAUGCAGUGCAAGGUGUCGGUGUACAUGUUGUCGUCCUACCUGAUGUCGUUCGGCUGCUAGACCCUUGAUGUUCAUGUCCAGUCCAUCCCGGUGUCAGCUGAGGUGAAAGGUAGGAACUAACACGGCUAGAUGUUAUUCGUGGACAUCUUGUUUGUUGUUGAGACACCCGAUUGUUGUGUUGAAAUGUUAGCGAUGACCGAGACUUCCUGUCACGUGCACACGUCACACAAGUCCGUCAGCUGACAUCUCGUGCAGAUCUCGCGGUCACUCGGCGGAAGGCCACAGAGGGUCGAGUUCACUGGAAGUUUUCGGUUUUUAUAAACAUCGGCAACCGAGGCCUAGCAGCAGCACAAAGUGCCCUGGCGGCUUUUUCCUGGAAACAGAAAACGAAAGUCAGUGGCUGGAACUCAUAAAAGUGUUUGCUUGCUGCCUGCCUUCUCACACGCUGUGUUUGAUCACUGUGGAGACCAACUCAUAAACCGACCACUAAAUCAUUUCAGCUGAUUCAAAGACUGUCCUGCGGGCAACGACAGUCCUGACUGCAUUUCUUAGACACACUUUUCAGACAAACUGUUCUUCGUGGUUUUGCUCAUAGAGAUUGCAUCAUGGCCUCCUCGCACCCUGAACUUAUCAACACGAUGGCAGCCUGUGAGACCGCACUGCACGAGCUCCGAAGAGAAGCCUACCUGGCUGUUGAUGCCAAAGGUGUGAACCUCAGCAAGACCGGUCCUGUAACCCUCCUGUUGAUAGGAACUAAGGACGGCCAGGUCUACCUCUUUGAUGUUCUCACCGAGCCGAAAAUCCUUCAGACAGGUGAACUGAAAGACAUUCUGGAAAGUGACAGCAUUGUGAAGGUGAUGCACUGCUGCAAGACUGCCGCUGAGGCUCUGUACUGGCAGUUCGGGGUGAAGCUGCACAACGUGUUUGACACGCAGCUGGCUCACAUGCAGCUGCAGGGACGACGUUACCCCAGCCGCAUGAAGCUGGCCGAGGUGUGUGGGCUCUACUGCCCUCAGAAAGCCGCCCUCUUACAGGAGAGACAGGAGGCAGAAUUGCGGUGGUCCAAGAGUGAACCGGAUGUCUGGGCCAAGCGUCCAGGGACGAAAGAAAUGAUCGACUGCGCAAGUCAGGACGUGAUUGUCCUGAUACCGGAACUAUAUGAGGAAAUGGAAAGAAUUGUAAAGGAGAAAGACCUGAGGAGCCAACUGACCACUCGAACUCGUAAAGACAUCGAGGCGACGAUGGACAAGAAGGUGAAGGAGACCAUCGAUAGAGAAGAAGAUGACAUGGCUCUAGCGAUUCUUCAAGACUUCGCGAAGACCACAUCCGUAACUCAUCUCUCUGAUAUCACGGAUGAGGAUGUCUUGGCCGCGAUCAAACGGUUGAGGUUUGAUUACCUGCAGAAGGAAGGCUUGCCUCCGAACAUGCGGAACCUGAAGAUUGAAUUCCUCACAACCGAGGUCGACAAAAUAAAAAAAGAAUUAGAUGAAAAGGGAGAUGCCAUUGUGCCUGGCAGUGACAUGUUUUCGUACCUCUUUAUAAGCAUAUGCCAUUCAGGAAACUCUACCCCCUUGAAGAAUCUGGCCAAAGAGACUGAACAACGGUUAGACAAAAUCGUAUUGAAAGACAUAGCGAGCAAAUAUAACAAGGAAACACCUAUCACCCACCUGGCAGAAUUUGAAAAACGUACCCUUAGCCGAAGCUUGUAUCCUAAGAGGGAGAACCUGGACCCUGUGGUGCUGCGCCUGUACUGGCUGCAGCAGGAAGAGGACCUCGACAACACCGAGAAACAGUUCCUCGAGAAUCCAUCUACUUUCAAGAUAAACCCACGCUACCUGAAAAAUAUUAAAUUCUUUUUCAGUAAUAGCGGCGUUCCCACCCGACUGAAGACAAAGGCCCGGAAUUUCCUGGAAAGUUUGCAGAAAAAAGGACUUGUAUAA